CCUUAUUUGCAUAAAUUGCAUGUGACAGAGUAGCUGCCCCAGCUUCAGAAUAGUAGAGCGGACGUGUCUGUAUGAGGACUAGAGAACACACAAGACCGGAGCAGACUGCGUGCUCCCUGGACUACAUCGACGUACUACGGCUAUCGGAGUCUUUACUACCGAUUGGAUACGGAUUGUGAAGCUGCUGGACUAUUGAACUGAAACAGAACAGCAUAAUGUACUGUGCUUCCUAUCCAGUCUCUGCCGGGACGAGCAGCAAUAACAUGAUGUAUUGCUACAACGUCAAAUCGGUCUAUGCCCAAUCCCCGAACCACGACAACAUUAACCCAGACUCCUCCUCACACCCGUCCUCCAGAGGUCCUGGCGGAAUAUACCCAGGCAACUUCUUUGCCGAGCAGCAACAGGUCCCCAACAGUUCCCCUGACAUGUGGAACACGUCCUCCAACGGGAUCAAUCCGCCCGGCUACGGGGGCAUGGUGGGAGGAGCUUCAGCCCACCUAUCAGGAAACUAUGGCAACAUGCAGCCGUCACAGAAUCACAUGGACUAUUCUUCCCAUUCAGUCUCCCCGGAUCAUGUGAACAGAGGUCUUCCCCCCAUGUCCACCUUCCACAGGACCAACCCCGCUGUGUCUCACACGUCCGCCAACAGCCCGGCGAACAGCUGCCAGGGAAACCCAUCCCGCGGGUCUCAGACUGGAGCCACCCUGGGGAAAGCACUUGCUUCUAUUUAUUCUCCUGACCACACCAGCAGCAGUGACAGCUCCUGUACCCCAGACAGGUCUCCGUCCCCCCACGCCCGCCCUCCAUCUGGCCCCCCUGCUGGCCAAUGGCGCUCGUCCGGUCCAGCCUUGCUGUCCCCCAGUUACGAGUCCUCUCUGAUAUCACUGUCCCAGCUGGAGGACCGUUUGGACCGGCUGGACGAUGUGAUCCAUGUCCUCCGUAACCACGCGGUGGGACCCCAACCCAGCCUGCCCAGAGACCUCCCCAGCCUGCCCAGAGACCUCCCCAGCCUGCUGAACCAGGCCAGCCAGGGCCAUGGCAGCCCUGCGUCCCUCUUCGGUCUCACCGGCCUCCCUCCGGCCAUGGUGGACACCGCCAAUCUUAACAAAAACAUCCAGCACCACCCUGCGUCACUGCAGAGCCGUUCGCAAAAUCAAAAUGGCCUCCCCGUGCCGGCUGGGGUCCCGGCUGGCCCGGGUGGCUUGGAGCUGAAGCUGGAGGGCUUAGACAGAGAGGAGCAGUACAACCUGCACCACAGCCUCCACGGCCAGGACCACAGGCCGAGCCACAGCUCUGACAGCCUGAGGUCCGACGAGGAGAGCGAGUCGCGCCGGACACCAGGAGGCAGCAUGGCCAGCAGCAUCCACGAGGACGAGGACAACCUGAGUCCGGAGCAGAAGGCAGAGCGUGAGCGCGAGCGGAGGAUGGCCAACAACGCCCGCGAGCGCCUGCGAGUCCGCGAUAUCAACGAAGCCUUCAAGGAGCUGGGUCAGAUGACGCAAAUGCACUUGAAGAGCGAGAAGCCGCAGACCAAGCUGCUGGUCCUUCACCAGGCGGUGGCCGUCAUCCUCAGUCUGGAGCAACAAGUCAGAGAGCGUAACCUGAACCCCAAGGCUGCCUGUCUGAGGAGACGGGAGCAGGAGAAGAUGUCUGUGGGGUUCACUGACUCCCAGGGCCUCCAGCAUCACCCUGGCCUAGAGGCCACUCACCCCAUGGGACAGGAUCUUUAGGCAUCGACUUAGAUGUAGUGUGGAGAGUGAUUAACCUGAGAGUGAAAGACCAUCCAGUGACAUUCACUGUUCUCUAUAGGACACAGUAGUGAAGAAACAGAAGGUCUCUAUGGAUGGAAACAAUGUUCCAGCACCCAAUAGCCACGAUAGUGACACUUUUCUUCUCACCCUCCUGAUCGAUUUUGACUUGUGCCUAAAUUGACUUGUUACUGACCAAUGCAUUGUAACCAGCAAAUAUUUUGUACCAUAUGUUUUAUAUUUGUUAUAUACAGUGACAGAAAAAUGUACAGUUAAGAAAAUACAACAAGUCUCCUGUAAAACCAUGUUUCUUUCAUAUUUGUACUCCAUUCUCCCAUGUCAGCAUUAAUCCCUGAAGGGUGAUACAAAUUAAGUUGUUGGUGUGCGUGGGCCAAGUCAUUUCUUUAAGCUUUGUGCACUUUUUGGUUAGGCUAUGGACGGAUUCAUACUUUUAAAUGUUUAUAGUUUUUAUUGAAAAUAUUGAUUACUUUUUCGUACAUUUUUGUAGUUUAUCUUUUCUACAAUUAAUAAGUACAUUUCUGAGUAUCAGAUUUUUCAUUUUAAACGUGUUUCUUCAGAAGUAUUUUUGUCACAUAUUUUACUAGACACUGUAAAUAAUUAUUAUCAAUUUACUGAACAAUCCCAAACUUACUGCGGGCCUAUAUUCAGUUAUGUAAAUGUAUGUUGAUGAAUGUCACCUAUGAUGUAAUCUACAAUAAAUGCAAAUCUUAUACAAUAAUGUCCAGUAUGUGUACAGAACGCCUGUUAAUAAAAUGACCCCUUAACAAUAAAUGUUUUUAAGAUA